UUCUCUCUUCUCGAUCCAAAUCUUCUCCUCCCUUCCCUCUGUCUGACACAGAAACAAAAGAAAACAGCUGAAACAUAUCAUCACAUCAUCUCUCGCUGCUUCAAAUUAUUCUCCGAAAAAUGAAUCCCAAUUCGUCAUUCCACCUUCUGAUUUUCGGAACAUGAGCUUUCCUUCUUCCUUUUUUUGCUCGAGCUUUCUAGUAUAUUGAUCUCCUUCUUCGUCUCUGUUCCCGAAAGUCGCAUUCUUUCGGUUCGAGAGAAGCACCACCAGAAGAAGAAUCUUUCUUUAGAUUGUUUGCAAGAGUGAGUGAAAAGUAACGAGCUUUGGCUCUCUUUCUUUGUCAAUGGAGAAUGGAGGCUCUCCCCUUCUUGGCUCUAUGCAAGAGUUUAAACUCUUUGAGACUCAAUCGAUGAUAUCUUUUUUUUUUUUUUUUUUUUUUUUCUUUUACAUGAUUGGUUGGAAUGGUAGUGGAGUGUAUAGAGUACUCAAGAUAGACCGCCUUGAUGCGUCUGAGCUUAACGUCAGUGAGGAUUCUACUGCUUAUACCAAGAAAGAAUGCUACGAGUUGCUUAAACGGAUACACGAAGGAAACAAGGCCACUGGAGGGCUUAAACUUGUCACUCUCUGUUAUGGCAUCAUUGGGUUUAUUAAGCUCCUGGGACCAUACUAUAUGCUGGUUAUAACUGAAAGAAGAGAGAUAGGUGACAUUUGUGGUCACAGGGUCUAUGAAGUGUCCAAGAGUGAGAUCAUCUCAUUGCAGAAUUCUAGCGUGCUUUGCAACAUUGCGAAUUCAAGAGACGAGAACAGGUACAAGAGGCUCCUUUCUGUAGUGGACCUUACAAAGGACUUCUUUUUCAGCUAUUCUUACAACAUAAUGCGAAGUUUCCAGAAGAAUAUGUGCGACCAUGAGAGUGCCAGUGGUGGUACCACCCUCUAUAAGAAAAUGUUUGUGUGGAACGAGUUCCUGACUCGUGGUAUUCGACAUCAUCUUCGGAAUACCGUGUGGACUGUCGCAUUGGUGUAUGGUUUCUUUAAGCAGACAUCACUUUCUGAGGCUGGAAGGAAUUUCAAACUCACUCUUAUUGCUAGGCGUUCCCGUCAUAAUGCUGGAACAAGGUACUUGAAACGAGGAAUAAACGAAAGUGGCAAUGUUGCUAAUGAUGUCGAAACGGAGCAGAUACUGUCUGAGGACGUUCCUGAAGACCAUCCCAUGCAAAUAAGUUCUGUUGUGCAGUAUCGUGGCUCAAUCCCUCUAUUUUGGUCACAGGAGACUUCACGGAUGAAUCUUAAGCCGGAUAUAGUAUUGUCAAAAAGGGACCUGAUCUAUGAGGCAACUAGACUUCAUUUUGAGAACCUUGCAGAGCGAUAUGGAAUCCCCAUCAUUAUUCUGAACUUGAUCAAGACAAAAGAGAGGAGACCCAGGGAGUCAAUUCUCCGGGCAGAGUUUGCCAAUGCAAUUGACUUUAUAAACAAAGAUCUGCCUGAAGAAAAUCGUCUAAGAUUCCUCCACUGGGACUUGCACAAACAUUUUCAGAGCAAAACAGCGAAUGUGUUGGCACUUCUUGGCAAAGUAGCUACAUGUGCUUUGAUGCUAACCGGUUUCUUUUAUCAUCAAGUUACCCCAUCAAUGAAGCUCGAGGGUUAUAUGAGCUCCUCUUCUUCUGAGGCCGAAAUGUCUCCACAUAAUAGUUCUGACGAUGAUUGUGGGGAAUUUGAUUCCGUUGAGAAGAGUUUUCCCCCUAAGAAUGUUGCUAGUGGCGAUUAUGAUGGCAAGCCUGGUAGACUCCAGAGGGGCGUGCUGAGAACCAAUUGUAUAGAUUGUCUUGACCGUACAAAUGUUGCACAAUAUGCAUAUGGUUGGGCUGCUCUAGGUCAACAGCUCCAUGCCUUAGGAAUUAGGAACGCUCCAACAAUAGAACUUGAUGAUCCUUUGUCAAGUUCAUUAAUGGUUUUAUAUGAGAGAAUGGGAGACACACUAGCUUAUCAGUAUGGUGGAUCUGCAGCUCACAAUAAGGUCUUCAGUGAGAGGAGAGGCCAGUGGAGAGCAGCAACCCAGUCACAAGAGUUCUUGAGGACUCUGCAACGCUAUUAUAAUAACACAUAUAUGGAUGCGGAUAAGCAAGAUGCCAUUAAUAUAUUUCUAGGUACUUUCCAGCCUGAACAAGGGAAGCAGGCGGUUUGGGAGUUGCGUUCAGAUUCCCAGUCAAAUGUGCAAAAUGUAGAGAUGAACAUGGGGGAAGAUGAAAGGUUUUUUGUGAAGAGGUGCUUAUCAGAUGGGAAUAUUCUCCAUGAAGGUCGCACACCUAUGUCUGCGAUGAGUAGCAAGCAUGAAAGCAUAUCACGUAAAGGCUUUGAAUCCUCACACCAGGUGACUCAUAUAAUUUCAGAGUCGUCACCAGACAUGCCAGCUGUUGGUUAUGUAGCAUUAUCGAGGUGUACUCCGUCAAUGCCUAGCACAUAUUUUUUUGGAGAUGCGCGGAAGGUUCAACAUAAUGGUAGUAACUCCAAUUACUUGUCCGAACAGGAAGACAUGUCUAGUGUCUCAAAUUUUGUUGAUGUCGAAUGGCUUUCUUCAUCGGAAAAUCUAUGCGAUAACGAUCAAUCGUUAAGGCCGCCAGUGCUUGCAAGCUAUUCAACAGCAGAAAUGUCGUCAUCAGAGAAUAUCAUCAGUGAAGCAAAACAGCCACCGCCAGCUAUGAGCGAGAGUGGAUCAAGCAGCAGAAAGGGAAAGGAACCUAUGGAAGCGGAACCGUCUGUACACACAAAAAUUUGCGAUGAUUUUACAGAUAGCUUCAAACAAUGGGUAGCAUACGGAGAAGCACUCUGCCAUUGAAGCUCUCUCAACUUUCCAUUUCCAACAAGAACCUACUUUACCUUUACCUUUUACUUCACCAACUUAUGGUCUUGUCACUUGUGGACAUUUGGGUAUUACGGUGCAAGAAUGGAGAAUGGACUAUUAGAGAGGGAUUCACAGUGCCACGUUUUUAUACUUCAGUGAUGACCAACAGUCAAAAGAGGUAACACUACAAAGAGGAGAGCAAAUAAUAAAAUAGCUGAGGAAGUUUGAGUUUGCAGUCUAGCAGAAGAAUAGGGUAACACUUAUCUUUGUGGAGAGAAAUUUAUGAUAGUCUGAGACUUUUGUUAGAGAGUCCUUCAUUGUUUUGGACUUUUUGGUUUGAAGUUUGCUGUAAAUAUAUGUUUCGUAUUAAAUCCUUUUUGUAACUUCUUAUCUUUUCCAUUUGUAAAAAAAAGUGCAUUAUACGAA